UCGCUGUGGGAGGGGGAUUGAAGCAGCUGCCUCGGAGCUCUCAGUUGACAGUAGACGGCACUGACGAUCCCCACACAGCACAGUUUAGACUACCUGACUUGCAACCUGACAGUAGGAAGACGAUGAAGACAUAAAGGAACUCCCCUCUGGUUUUUGGGGCUGUUUUCAAACUGCUCUUGACAGCACAUUUAUCUUAAAUUCGGGCAACAAAUAAAGUAAUAAUGCAUGUUAAUGAUUUAUAAACACCAGAUGGCGGUGAGUUGAAAUAGCACUUAAACACAUUUAAGUGUGUUGGGACGGAAUGAGGUGUUUUUCUUCGCCUCUUUCAUACCAAGUGCAGACUAGAAAACUUCGUUUCUACCGGUGGCGGACCUUCUAUUUUCGUCUUUAAUUUUGACAAACAUCAUCCGACCCCCUUCUCCUCCACCACCUCUUUCUCCUCCUCCAACCGUCUUCACUUGAUAAAACCACAGCCACCUCGGAGACAAGACUACAGCCUGCCUUCCAGCGGUCAAAGGGAAUCAAAAUAACAAUUUAGCAACCAGCAGCACAGGAUUGGACCCUCACAAGGAUGCUACUCCAGCACAGACACCACUAGACGGUCCAAACAGCCGCUGCCAAUAUGUUUAGGCGAGGUUAUGGUGGGGUGGAGUUACUGUUGGUGCUGUGUGGCCUGGAUCUCUCUCUGCCCUGCCCUCGCCACUGCAUCUGCUACACUUCACCCAGCACUGUCUCCUGCCAGGCCCACAACUUCCAUGCCGUGCCUGAGGGCAUCCCUGCCCAGAGCGAGCGCGUCUUUCUGCAGAACAACAAGAUUCAGCGGCUACUUCGAGGCCACUUCUCGCCCACCACAACCAUGUUGUGGCUUUACUCUAACAACAUCUCCUACAUACAACCCUCCACCUUCCACGGCUUUGACCGCCUGGAGGAGCUCGAUCUUGGGGACAACAGGCACCUGCAGGCUGUUGCGUCAGACACCUUCCUGGGCCUUGGUAGGCUACAUGCCCUGCACCUAUACCACUGUGGCCUGAUCACCCUGCCUCCAGGGAUCUUUGCAGGCCUCCAUAAUCUCCAGUAUCUCUACUUACAGGACAACCAGUUAGAGUUCCUGGAGGACGAUCUGUUCAUCGACCUCCUGAACCUCAGUCAUCUUUUCCUGCAUGGCAAUAAACUAUGGAGCCUUCGCCAAAACACUUUCCGUGGUCUGGGGGUCUUAGACCGCCUGCUUCUCCACCAGAACCGAAUCCAGUGGGUUGACCGCCAAGCUUUCCAUGACCUGCGGCGCCUCACCACCCUGUACCUGUUUAACAACUCUCUGACUGAGCUAUCCGGAUCCAGCUUGACUGUACUGCCUGCCCUGGAGUACCUACGACUUAACGACAACCCCUGGGAGUGUGACUGCAAGGCGCUGUCACUUUGGGAUUGGCUGCGGAGGUUCAGAGGCUCCACCUCCUCUCUGAUGUGUGUUUCACCACCAGAGCUGGCAGAGAAGGACCUGAAAAUGCUGAAGAAAGAGGAGCUGCCCAGUUGCCUGUCAGGAGAAGGUCAUGCACAUGGUGCCCCAGGUGGUGAGAUGGAGCAUGGAGAGUCUUUGAACCACCUGAAUCGUCACAGAAACCAUCACAACCACCAUCAGCGGCCAUACCUGCCCCACGGGGAUCAGUACAGCUUGCCUUCACCCUCGCCCCUGCCGCGGCCACCUAAGGGAGGCCGCAGAAACUGCACCCGCCGGGGCCGCAAGGCUAAAGGGGGAGUCAAUGAGGUGCAGGUACUACAGGAGGAGGGUGAAAAAGACUAUACUCCAGAUGGAGGUAAAUAUGACCUGUCUGGAACUGCAAGGAGUAAGAACAAGUGCAUCCCCAGGACAUCUGUCGGCCCACCAAGUGGGGUCCAGAGAGCCAAUAAUAAAGCAGGGUCACACAUUGCAGAUUAUAUUUUCUGUUUACCAUCAGCUCUGCUGCUGUCACUCAUCUCUGUCAUCCUACGCUGAGACAAGAAAUGGACACUUUGAUUCAUUCUCCUGAACAACCCUGCCCUGGUUCUUUAAAUUAGGCAUGUGUGCAUUAACUAUUGGUGUACAUGACUGUGUAUAAAGAACAUGAUCAAAUAUCUACUGUUAUAGUAUCACUGCAUUAUAAAGGCAGGAAUCUUAAUGAGUCAUAAUCAAAACAUGGAAGUCAGGGAAAGCAAUUUAGCCCAUUGCUUUGAUGAUGUCACCAAGGGAAACAUCAGGAAAACUGUCUUCUAUCUGUCUCUGUGGCAUCGAUUGCUUCGCUAAUUCAUGUUAAAAACUGUACAGCCACAUAAAAUAACAAGCCAAUGAUUAAUUCAAGUAAUAGCGAGAACAAUGCACAAUAAGGAUCAAAACAGCUCAGUCUCCAUGUUUAGCCCUCUUGACUCGCUCAGUGUACCCUCCAUCUGUCACUCAUGCUGAGAGUCAUUCAUAACUGUCACACUGCUCACUCAACAGCACCUCAAGAUCCAGAAACAAGUUACUGCAGGCACACGUGGCAUUAAAAUGAGUGAUCAUAGAGCCAUAACAGUAAUAACUACAAUCACUAUAUAUCUACUAAUAAAGUGGUUUUACUUAAAUUUCUCACAGGAAGGUGAACCCACUUUAAUGCACAUCUGUAUCCUUGGCUUUUAGUCUAAACUCUAAAAAACACCACUGAAGCUGUGACACGUCGAUAGAAUUGACAACUCUAACUAGUCCUGUUAAAAGAUGUCCCAUUGUCCCCUUGCAACCCAUCAACUUAAAAGCCAUUCAGAACUAACCUUUCAUUAUGAGAGCCAAUCAGUCAUAGUCAGUGUAAAUGAGUGAGUGAAUGAAUGUCUGUGUCACUGUGUAUGAGUGUGUGUCCAGAAAACACUAAAGCCAUGUGGGCAAAACGACACUAGAUAAGAGUGCCUAAUUAAAGCCAGUGGCCAACGAGGACAAACUAUCGAGGUAAGGGAUGGUUUCAUUCACUCUUCAAACUCACUGGCUACUGUACGAAACGUCAAAAUGUACGAAAGGUCAACACACGCAGGCCAAGGAAAAGCUGAGGCUAGAGUCUGGCUCACAAAACGUCUGGACUCCCAGAAACUUGUAUGUACUUUAAUACUGUGGAGAUUAAUGGCAAAAAGAUACCCUUCAAGCAGAGAUGAUUCAAUCUAAAUAGUCACAGGAGGGUUUCAAAUGCCAUACAAUCAUCAGGAGUACUGAUGACCACCACACCACCACAAAAGAUAUCCUGCAAUGGUCUAAUCAACUGCUUAAACUGGAAAACAAAAGCAGUUAGAAUAUGUGACGAUCACCACAGGCACUGACAAACUUCUACUGCAUUUCUGUCCUCGUCCUCUGUGGUGUAUUUAGUGUGCUCCAAAACAGAUGGACUUGACGAUCUGUAAGCCCUAAUUGGAGAGUUGUAUAUUAUUGCUGCUACAUCCGAGAAGACCGGCACUUUCUGAGUCUUCUUCAGGAAAUAACAAGGACAGAGAGGAUUAUGGGACAUGGUGCCCUGGAUGAACUGGAGCAGUUCAAGCACACACACCCCUAACGAAGCUCGAUCACCUUCACAGCCUUCCUGUCCCACUGCAAACUACUAACCCUUGUCAGUCCAGGGCUUUCAAAUCCAAGAGCAGAGCACCACAGGUGACACACCUGAACUAUUUCAAGUGCUCAACUACAAUAGGUAAAACCUGUACAGAUACACAUGAGCCAUCCGGAUACCUUAACUAGCAAGUAAUGCUAAAAGUCUAUUUCUUAUAGCAUUACAAAGUUAUAAAUUCUAUUUUAAGAUGGAGCUGCUCUUGUAUGCAAAGGAUGACCCAGCAAAAAGGUUAAAUUAUGACAAGCUGACAAAAAGCACAAGAAAUUAUUAGUAUGGUUUGCUGGCGACCUAAAAAAUGUUUGGUUUGGAUGGGAAUCAAAGAGCAGGGGCCACAUUUGUACACAGCUUGUGUGUGUUUCCUGCUGAGCCCCGCCUUUUCGUGUCCAUCUAUCUAAAUGUUGGGGACGAACAGAAGCCUGUCACUGGUGUCAUUUUCCUGAAAUGUAGGAUUAGAGACCCCUUCUGGUGAACAUGUUUGUGCUGCUGUGAACCCAGAGAUGAUGUAAAUUGUGUCUGUUUAUUCCUGUGAGGAUGACUUUUUGUAAAAUAAAAUAAAAAACGAAGAAAAAAAAAACUCUCGGUAGUUCCCUAAAAAAAUAAAACAGGGAACUAGGGGAUGGAACUUAAAUUUUUAUUUAAUACAAUUAUUAUCAUUUUUUCAGUUGUUUUUUUGUUUUGUUUUGCUGAUUCAUUCAAGAUAAACUGUACACUGCAUUCCCCUCCUGCUCCUCCUCUAUUCUUUUCUAUUCAUCCCUCUGUCUUUUUCUCCCUCCUUCUCCUCUCCUCCCCUCCCUCCCUGUCUGCUUUUUCUCUUCCUCCCUCUCCACCUUCUCUGCUUCAUUCUCCUCCACCGCCGUUGCGCCCUCUUUUCCCCCCUCUAUCUCCUUAUUCUUUUCCUCUCCUAACUUCCUUUGUGCAACCCACAAUGUUUUGUAUGUGGUUAUCAAACAAUGCCAGACUCAAAAGCUGUUUAUAAAUAACAUUAAACAGAAAGUGUCCUC